AUGACACAAAGAGUUGUCGGGAACCCUAUAAUUACUUUUAUUGACUUCUUGUCAAUUGUAAUCGGAGCAUAUGGAUUUCAUAGCACCAUAUUGACCCUACCAUUACCACCGCAUUUAGUUGAUGCUGGACACUGGCAAUUUUUAACAAAUUUAAGCUUAGUAUAUUCACUUGCUGUAUUCGUUGUUGGAUUUAUUGCUCAUAUCACCAAAUCUGAAAGGCUCUUCAGUUUGAAAAAUAAUUUACAUCCGAUCGGGUUGGCUCUUGAAUCAAUUGUAACUAUGGUUUAUUGGCCAUUAAGGUUGUUUUGUCUUCGUUUAUUAGUUGAAGAUACUUCACUUUAUCCAAUACCCAUGUCAGCGGAUUUAGCAAUUCAUUUAAUGCCUGUGAUCUCAUUAUUAAUCGAUUAUCUUGUAUUCAUGCCAAGAUGGAAAAUUAGAACCAGGACCGCAUUCGGUAUUUGCUUUGCCCUUACUGCAGCUUAUUGGUGUUUGUUAGAAUACUUAGUUGACGUCGAGAAUGGCAGUUCCUAUCCGUAUGCAUUUUUAAACGUACCACACAACGGAUUACGUGCCUUGAUUUUUGUCAUAGUAGGUGGUUCGGCAUUCGUGCAGUUCUUACUUAUGUCUAAGAUUUAUUCUGUACUUGUGAAAAGCCCACAAGAUUCCACGAUUGAAGAUAUAAGCAAAAAAGAGAUAUAG